AAGAACAGAGGAUUGUGGGAAAUGUAGCAAAUUGUUAGCAUAUGCAGCAGCCAGUUGUAAGGGUAGUAGCUAGACACGUUAGCUGUAUCACAGAAUAAUUUAUUUAUAUAUAUUUCGCGGUGCAAUAUUACCGCCAACAUUGUCAAAGCCUCAUAAUGACCCCAGCUUCAUUGGGCCUCUCGUUUAUUCUUGCCGUCAGUAUUUUUAUUGCAAACCCAAGUCCCUCUCAUGCCUGGGAUUCAGACCUUGAGUUGUUCGACCUGGUGGAGGAAAUUCAACAAAACUUUUACGAAUUCCUGUCUGUUGAACAGGAUGCCUCGUCAGUGGACAUCAGAAAGGCCUAUCGCAGGCUGUCGCUCACUUUGCAUCCCGACAAGAACAAAGACGAGAAUGCUGAAACCCAAUUCAGACAGUUGGUGGCCAUCUAUGAAGUACUGAAAGAUGAAGAGAGGAGAGAGAGGUAUAAUGAUGUCCUGGUCAACGGGCUACCGGACUGGAGGCAGCCAGUGUUUUACUACAGGCGGGUGAGGAAGAUGAGCAAUGGGGAGCUGGGCUUCCUGCUCUUCCUCAUCCUCACUGUGUGCCACUACGCAGUCAUCUGGUCCAUCUACCUGGAGAAGCAGCUGGAUGAACUUCUGAGCAAGAAGAAAAAGGAGAAGAAAAAAAAGAUGAGUAGCAAGAGUGCUGAAGAAUCACGGUUUGUUGGACAGGAUAAAAUUGAGAAGUCACAUGACAAACCUCAUUGGCAGGAUAUCCUGCCACUCAAGCUGAGCAUCUGGCUGUAUCUCUCUGUCAAGUCCCUGCCCCAUGUCAUCCAGGAUGCCAAACAGUAUUACGAAGAUUAUAAGGAGAUGAAAAUCAGAGAGAAAGAGGAAGCGGAAGCCAUGGCACUGGAAGAACAGGAAGCUACAACAAUAAAAGAGAAACGACCCAAAGUGAAGAAGCCGAAGUUUGAGUUCCCCGUUUAUGAGCCUUCGCUCAAGGUCGCAGACAGUGCAUACUCACCAGUAUACGACCAGGGAACGUCCAUCGAGGAGAUCGAAGACCAGAUGGAUGACUGGCUAGAGGAUAAGAAGUCUCAAAAGAAAAAGGCACCUGAGUGGUCAGAAGAGGACAUCACUCUUCUGACAAGGAGUAUGGCCAAGUUCCCUGGGGGUACACCUGGUCGCUGGGAGAAGAUCGCACACGAACUAGGAAGAUCGGUGACAGAUGUUACUGCAAAAGUCAAACAAGUUAAAGACGGUCAAACCAACACAUCAGGGCUGGUGAAGCUCUCGGAGCUCAAGGCUCAGGGCAGCGCAGCACUCUCAGGAAAGGGAUCCAAAGCUGGGGCCGGAGCUGUACCCGACAGCGUCAUGACCCAGCGAGAACACCCGCAACCCCAGCCUCUGGCAGCAGCCACAGCAGAGUGGAUGGAGCCCAGUGGAGGAGGGGAUGAAGGAGAGGGCAUUCAAGCAGGAGGUGUCAGGAGGAGAGGCAGAAAGACUGGGGGUGGAGGGGUGGGGGGCGAGGAGAAAGCCAAGGGGCGCAGACAGAGGGACUUCGACCCCACAGUUGCCACCGAGGACAGCGAGGAGGAGCAGAGUCCGCCCACCACCUCGGUCCCACAACCCUCCAAGGAGAAGGCCGCGGUGGCUGACGACGUCUGGACCCAGAACCAGCAGAAGCUUCUGGAGCUGGCCCUGCAGCAGUACCCGCGAGGCACCACGGAACGCUGGGACAGGAUUGCCAAGGUGGUGCCCGGGAAGAGCAAGGAGGAGUGUAUGAUACGUUACAAACUUUUGGCUGAGCUGGUGCUGAAAAGGAAGCAGGCCAAGAGCUGACUCCGCCAAGGACGGCCAUCUUGAAAUCACUUUCUGGCUCCUAGUCCCUUUUCCUAGCUACUAUCCACUUCAAUGUGAUCUGAAAAGCCUGGAUAGAUGAAGGCAAUAUAGUGAAAAAAUCCACAUUGCAUAUUGUUGGGCCAUAUUGCUUUUACCUGUCCAGUUCCUUCAGAUCUGUGAACAGGACAGGGAGAGGAGCAGGGGGAAGGGCCAUCCUCUCAUGUCUGUCAUGUGCCUUAGCUCCACCCAAAGCAUGCCAUCCAGCCUCUGAACUGCUAUGUGAGGAUUCAAAGCACCAACAAAAAACAUCUAUAGUUUUUUUUGUACUUCAAUAUGUUUUGACUUCUGCUUUGCGCUGUCAUUUGAAAUCACACAUGUACUGAAUAUAACUUCUUUGAGAUGAGGAAAUAAACUGUUUUAUUUAUUUACAUGGAUGACAUGUCUUUGAGACCCAUUUUAGUGUAAUGCGUCAAUGUACUAUGUUUGAACGAAAAGUAAGAUAUGAAAAUAUAUACAUUUUUUGAAGGCAAAUAUGAAUAUGGGGUUGAGUAAGUACCUAAUGAAGGAGGCGAAAGUACAGAAUAGGCCAUUUUUAUUGUAUUUAAAUUUUUACAGUAUACUAUUUGUAUAUUUUUUAAUUUUUUAUGUAUAGGCAUGUAGUCCGACCUGAAUCAUUGUACAUCAUGAAAUUGGGCAGGUCUGGGCAGUGUGAUUCAGAGGUAGUCUAGGCAGGGGGGAAAUGUUAUUAUGUCCACCUCCCUCCCUACCGAGGCAGUGCUUUGAUAAUCCUCCAAGAGUCAACACCCACACUGCUACACAGCCUGUGUUUACUGUGUUAGUACUCCUUAUUAUCUUUUGAGUUUUGAAGUCAGACUAAUUUGGUGAAUAUGAAUCCUCAUUGUGCGCGCUGUGGGAAAAUUGUUUAUGCCACAGAGAAAGUCAACUGCCUGGAUAAGUAUUGGCACAAAGGAUGUUUCCACUGUGAGGUCUGCAGGAUGACCCUCAACAUGAAGAACUACAAAGGCUAUGAAAAGAAGCCCUACUGUAAUUCGUGAGUCGUGUUGUUCCCUUAGCCUCCAAAUGCUAUUUCCCUACUGAAUUUUCACCAACUGCUGUCUGUGAGAAACCCUCUACGUACUUUUGUGCUGUAUUGUAGUUUGAAUACGUGUGUUCUAUUCCGGUCAUUUGAAUAAUGUUGUUGGUAAAUAUUACAGGUGUAAUUGGUUUACCCUAAAGUCGGUUUCCCAGACCCAGAUUAAGGAACUAGUGUUGUCUGCAAACGGUUUGUUGCUCCCACAAGUGAAACUUUACAGAGCUUUUUAAUGAUAAAUGGCAAAUGAUGUUUCAACCAACAUGGUCUUCCUCUGUCGCUUUGUUAGGCUAAAAUCACUUGUGUGGGAGCUGAAAACAGUGCACGGAUUCACUCAUUCCCACUGUCCUUAUAGAAUAAAAUACAAUCGAAUCACUUUAAUUUUGAAGUAAAUUCAGUUGUGGCAACUCUGAUAAGAUUUAAAGAUAUAGUAAACAUAUAACAUCCUUGCAGGCACUAUCCAAAGCAGUCAUUCACCAUUGUUGCAGAUACUCCUGAGAACCUUCGACUGAGACAGCAAAGUGAGCUUCAGAGUCAGGUGAAGUACAAGAAAGACUUUGAGGAGAGCAAAGGACGAGGCUUCAAAUUUGUGCUGGACACUCCUGAGCUGCAGAGACUACGACGAGCCCAGGAUCAGAUCAGUAAUGUGAAAUACCACAAGGACGUUGAGGUGAUGGGCCCACAAGGAGUCACACAUGGUGUUCAUGCACCUUACCUUGUGCGUGGCCAGCUGCGUCAAAACGUCCGAACUGAAAAUACAGGGCACAAGGGUGUGCACCAGUACAUAGUGGAGAUGGCCCGGAGGCCUGGUGUCAUCGUAGCUCCUGUGCUGCCAGGCGCGUACUACCCCAGUGGACACAUCCAGGGGCACAGCUACAUGCACCAGACCAGUAUGCACUCCUUACGGUCUCUGCAGAGUGUGUACAGAGCCCUCUACGAUUACGUGAGCCAAGACACGGAUGAGGUGUCGUUUCGGGACGGUGACAUCAUCCACAGCGUGCAGCCCAUUGAUGGGGGUUGGGUGUACGGCACGGUGCAAAGGACUGGCAGGUCUGGGAUGCUCCCUGGUAACUACAUAGAGGGUCUCCACUAAGGCUUACCAAACUAACUCAAGGCCUGGAACACAUUCAAGUUGUACAACUGUUUUGAUACAACAGUUUGUCUGCACAAAAAUAAAGGCCUCAAUUCAAUCAGAUCGAGCGUAAACCCUCAUUGGCCAACAUCCGCAUAGUGUAUAACAUGACAAAUCUGUGAGCGGCUGCUUUUGUGUCACCAACCACUCCUUUUCUUAUUAUCCCUACCGCGGUAGAAAAUGUAGGCUAUCAAUUAUAGAAAUAUUGACAGGGGCUAAUGCAUGGGGCGGUGCACAAUUGGCCCAGCGUCAUCCGGAUUAGGGGAGGGUUUAGCCAGCAGGGAUGCCCUUGUCCCAUCGCGCACUAGCGACUCCUGUGGUUGGCUGGGCACGCUGACACGGUCGCCAGGUGUAUGGUGUUUCCUCUGACACGUUGGUGCGGCUGGCUUCCGGGUUAAGUGGCCAUUGUGUCAAGAAGCAGUGCGGUUGGGUUGUGUUUCGCAGGACACCAUGAAAAUUGGGGAGAAAACAUGUCCGCGAUAAGGUAACACACGGAGCCGCUUGUGGGUUUGACAGCUCUAACGCCACACCACCACCAAAAUGACCGCUAUGCGGAUGUUGGUUUCGCUAAUGAUAGAAUCUAGCCCAACAGUAGUUGUACAACCUGAGUGUAUACUGGGUCUGACAGAGCAUUAUGUAGAUAAGAUGCACCAUGACACUCGAAGCCUCUGUAUGGUGAGGAUUUCCAUCAGAAUAUACAAGUGGUAAUAGCAAUUGAAAAUGUUUUUGGAAAUAUAUGAACAAGUAAAGAUUCAAAUUCUGUACAUGUUUAAAAAUGAAUAACUGUCAUUUGUGUGCUUAUAGUAUAUAACAUGUUCUAUUCACAGCAGUGUGUGCACUACAAAGUAUGUUAACAAUGAGUGUUCCAUCUUCAAAUCUAAAGUUGUAAACAUGACAAAAUUCCAGUACGUAAUGUCAAGCUACUGUAUGCAACCUGUCACUUGCACUUCUUCGAUUCCAUGUCUUCAAUUCAAAUGCAGGCAAAAGGUUUGCAGAUAAAUGUUUUUUUAAAGUUAAAUGUAUUAACAUUAAGUAUUUUCUUGUUUAAUAGUUUCCAUACCUUAAAAUAAAUAAAAGAUGACUGGCUGCAAUA